AUGAAUGUUAAGUUAUCACCUAAUAUGAUGUCAAGAAAUAAUUUGGAAGCAUCGACUUGUAAAAUGACCGAAUCAUUUAGUUUUGAAAAAAAUGAAAGCAAGCUUCCACCACACGAUUCCUUAAGAAGUCCUGGAGCACAUCAUAACCAUCCUAAUUUCAGGUUGAAAAGCCCAGAGAAUGGAAAUAAAAAGAACAAUUUUUUGCUUUGUGAGCAAACCAAACAGUAUUUAGUGAGUCAGGAAGACAGUUCAGUAUCUUCAAACCCUAAUGGCAUCAAUGGAGAAGUUGGAUCCAAAGGAGACCGGAAGACGUUGCCGGCAGGAAACUCAGUGUCACCAUUAAGUGCUGGAAAUAAUUCACCACCCAAAGAAAUAAAAACUAAGCCCAGCAAUAGUGUGUCUCCUGCACAGUCAAAAAAAUCACACAAGUUGGUUGAAAAUUCCUUGUCCAUAAGUAAUCCAGCGCUCUUCAACUCUUUAGGACCUCCCCUUCGGUCAACUACUUGCCAUCGCUGUGGUCUGUUUGGGUCGCUGAGGUGUUCUCAGUGCAAGCAGACAUACUAUUGCUCCACGGCCUGUCAGAGAAGAGACUGGUCUGCCCACAGCAUUGUGUGCAAGCCUGUCCAGCAAAGUUUCCAUAAACUUGAAGAUAAUAAGUCACCUUUUGAAACAAAGAACAUGGAAGUGAAAAAUGAGAGUGACUGUCCACUUGGGGUUACUAAAGAAAUAGCCACUGAUACUGAGAAAAUAAUGUUUUCUGACUUGAGAAGUCUACAACUCAAGAAAACCAUGGAAAUAAAGGGUACAGUUACUGAAUUCAGACACCCAAGUGACUUUUAUGUCCAGUUAUAUUCUUCAGAAGUUUUAGAAUACAUGAACCAGCUCUCRGCAAGUUUAAAAGAAACAUAUGCAAAUAUGGUGCAAGAUGAAGAUUAUAUUCCGGUUAAGGGGGAAGUUUGUGUUGCCAAGUACACAGUUGAUCAGACCUGGAACAGAGUGAUAAUACAAGAUGUUGAUGUGCUACAGAAGAAGGUACAAGUCUUGUAUAUUGAUUAUGGAAAUGAAGAAAUAAUUCCAGUAAACAGAAUUCACCAACUAAACAGAAACAUUGACUUGUUUCCUCCUUGUGCCAUAAAGUGCUUUGUGGCUGGUGUUGUACCAGCAGAGGGGAAUUGGAGCAAUGAUUGUAUCAAAACUAUUAAAUCACUGUUCAUGGAGCAGUUCUGCUCUAUAAAGAUUGUCGACAUCUUGAAUGAGGAAGUGGUUACCUAUGCUGUAGAUGUCAUGCUACAAAAUUCAGGAAAACUUUUAGACCAUGUACUUGUAGAAAUGGGAUAUGGUUUGAAACCCAAAGGACAAAAUUCUAAGAAGCAAAGCACAGAUCAAAGCGAUCCUGAAGAUAUUGGAAAAAUGACAGCUGAAAAUAAAAUUGUUGUAGACAGAAGUGACCUAAUCCCCAAGGUGCUAACUGUAAAUGUGGGUGAUGAGUUCUGUGGUGUGGUUGCCCACAUUCAAACACCAGAAGACUUCUUUUGUCAACAAUUACAAAGUGGCCAUAAGCUUGCUGAACUUCAGGCGGCACUCAGUGAGUACUGUGGUCAAGCAUCUCCACGCUCUGAUUUUUAUCCGACCAUUGGUGAUAUAUGUUGUGCUCGGUUCUCAGAGGAUGACCAGUGGUACCGUGCCUCCGUUCUGGCCUAUGCUUCUGAAGAAUCUGUACUUGUUGGCUAUGUUGAUUAUGGAAACUUUGAAAUCCUUAGUUUAACAAGACUUUGUCCCAUAAUUCCAAAGUUGUUGGAAUUGCCAAUGCAAGCUAUAAAGUGUGUGCUGGCAGGAGUAAAGCCAUCAUUAGGAAUUUGGACUCCAGAAGCUAUUUGUCUCAUGAAAAAAAUUGUACAGAACAAAAUGGUCACUGUGAAAGUGGUAGACAGGUUGGAAAAUAGCUCCCUGGUGGAACUCGAAGACAAGUCUCUGACACCCAGUGUCAGUGUCACCAGAGCGCUCAUAGACGCAGGCUUUGCUGUGGAGGAAAAGGAGAUGGCGACAGAUAAACCCAGUGGCGUGAAAAAAGCCAGUGUUCCCUUGGGUAUAGAAGAAGUAAAUCCAUUGAAGUGGACGUGGGUUGAGCUUGCUAUUGACCAAACAGUAGAUGUUGUGGUCUGCGUGAUGUAUAAUCCUGGAGAAUUUUAUUGCCAUGUCCUUAGAGAGAAUGCUUUAAAGAAGCUCAAUGAUUUGAAUAAAUCAUUAGCAGAAUAUUGCCAGCAGAAGUUGCCRAAUGGUUUCAAGGCAGAAAUAGGGCAACCUUGUUGUGCUUUUUUUACAGGCGAUGGUAACUGGUAUCGUGCUUUGGUCAAGGACAUUUUACCAAGUGGAAACGUCAAAGUGCACUUUGUAGAUUAUGGAAACGCCGAGGAAGUUACUACAGAUGAACUCCAAAUGAUACCAUCAAAAUUUUUACAACUUCCAUUUCAAGGGAUACAGUGCUGGUUAGCAGAUAUACAGCCUAGAAACAAACACUGGACUAAAGAAACCAUAGCAAGAUUUCAGAUGUGUGUUGCAGGGAUAAAACUCCAAGCCAGAGUGGUUGAAAUCACUGAAAACGGGGUGGGAGUUGAACUCACCGAUCUUUCCACUUCCUAUCCCAGAAUAAUCAGUGAUGUUCUUAUUAAUGAACAUCUGGUUUUAAAAGCUGGUUCCCCACACAAGGACGUGCCAAAUAAUAGACCUGUUAAUAAACGKAAUCAUCAAAUUGACACCCAGGGGCUUCAAGCCACCUCUUCAGCAGAGAAUUGGAAGACUAUAGAAUUGCCAGUAAAUAAAACUGUGCAAGCAAGCAUACUAGAAAUCAUAAACCCAAACCUGUUUUAUGCCAUCCCAGAUGAGAUGCCAGCUAAGCAAGCGUCUGUUCUGUUUUCAGGUGAUGAUUUCUGGUACCGUGCGGUUGUUCUGGGGAUAUCAGACUCUGAUGUGAAAGUGCUCUAUGCAGACUAUGGGAACAUCGAAACCCUGCCUCUUUCCAGAGUGCAGCCGAUUGCUGCCAGCCACCUGGAGGUCCCUUUCCAAAUCAUUAAAUGUUCACUUGAAGGACUGAUGGAGUUGAAUGGAAGCUGUUCUCAAUUAAUGAUAGAGCUACUAAAAAAUUUCAUGUUGAAUCAGAAUGUAAUGCUUUCCGUGAAAGGAAUUAUUAAGAAUGUUCAUACAGUGUCGGUGGAGAAGUGUUCUGAGAAUGGUACUGUCAAUGUGGCUGAUAAGCUGGUGAUGUAUGGGCUGGCAAAAGACAUCACAUCUAAAAAGCAAAGUGCUUUAAAUAAAGAAAAGAUGCACAGGAUGAAUUGCUGCUGUACACAGUUGCAGAAACAAGUUGAAAAACAUGAGCAGAUUCUUCUCUUCCUUUUAAACAAUCCAACUAAUCAAAAUAAAUUUAUUGAAAUGAAAAAACUGCUAAAAAGUUAA